UGUCUGAUUCAGCUUUCCAGCAACUCUUAAUGUGUUAAAAAGCCUUGUGAGACUGUACAGGGCUAUGUUUACUCGUCUGAGCAUGCGCAGUUCACGAGAGACCAGUACGUGUUUGUAAACAAAAGCGCCAGCUUUUGACGAUGGGACACCAAAUAACACAGCACCGGGUGCCUUCAAUGUCAUGGCAUGCUCACAAACGAAUAUGGAAUAUCAAAUUUGAGGCAGUGAAUAAUCAUUUUUGGGGCAACGUUAAAUGAUUUUUCUCUUUGAUAUAUUGAUUUUUUAGUAACAUAAAAAAAUAACCUAGUGUUUUAAUCUUGAUGAUCUAAGUAUGAAAUCUCUCCACCGAAGAUAUUUCAUACCCCGAAGUUUUUUCAUACGACACCGGGUAUGCGGGCCGCAUAUUCCUGAACCCAAGGUGAAUCCAUACAAGCCCCGCCCUCCGGUCGCAUGGCUCCUCCCACGAUCGUAUUGCCAACACCUUGACCAAAAAAAAACUAUGCCAGUAUGUGCUUAUGCCCAUUUAUAAUGCAUACAUGCAUGCAUAUGUAUUUCUAUACAACUAUGUCUCUGUCAUACGAUGUGCAAGUGUCAUUUAAUAUGUAAAAACACUAUAUUUAUAUGCCCGAAUGCAAGAGCAUCACAUGAGAACACUGUUAGCUUUGGCCAGUUUGACUGUAAUUCCGUCUCACAUAAACGAGAUUACCUUUUAGCUGAAAUACGCUAAUACUGUAUUUAAAAUAAAGGAAAGCAUGCAUAUGCAAAUUUUGUAUCAUGUUAAUUUAUGUACGUUCACUUUACACCCUUGGUUCAAGAUAUAUGCCCUUCAAAGGAUAUUGUAAUUUAUAACAACAUCAGGUUUUAGUAGCCCAAUAACUGGCGCCAGACUUUUCAGACAUGGAGCCAGCAGUUGGGCCAGACAACUUUACAUCGAAGUCCCAUGUGGUGGAUGAAGAAGGAGAAGUAAUUGUGAUCAGCGAAGACCGUGUGGUGGAUGAUACCUACCGUGUGGAUGGCUUUGAGAUCCACGAUUUUGUGAAACAAAAGGACUGUGUAACAUUUAGGACAAAUGUUGAGCCAGCAGUUGGGCCAGACAACUUUACAUCGAAGUCCCAUGUGGUGGAUGAAGAAGGAGAAGUAAUUGUGAUCAGCGAAGACCGUGUGGUGGAUGAUACCUACCGUGUGGAUGGCUUUGAGAUCCACGAUUUUGUGAAACAAAAGGACUGUGUAACAUUUAGGACAAAUGUUAAAAGUGAAGAGGACUUUGAACGCUGGAAAAAUGCAUUUUUCCUAAAGAAUAAUGUGUGCUUCAAUUCAUUCAAGAUGUUCUCUGUAGGAAAAAUGAAAUUAUUUCGCCAACAACUGAUGUGUCACCAUGGCAAAGAGACCCACGCGGGCAUCAAGAAGACCUACACAGGUUGCAAGGUGUUCAUGGAUGCUACCAUCCGGUUGGUUCAUGCAAGAUCUCCUGAAGAUAUAAGAAGUUUUCCAUGCUUCAUGAAGAUUACUGGACAGCAUAACCACCCCUUAGAUACAGCUGAUGUAUUAAAUCAGCUGAGAGUUUCUCCAUGCACCAGAGAGAUGUUUGAAAACUAUUUCAGACAAGGUAUGGCACCUGGACAAGCCUACAGGCACCAUUUGCUGAAGAUGGAACUCGACGAAGACUUGUACAAUCAAGCCAAGAAAUCAAUAAAUCCUUCUCCGAAGUCCGUCGAGUAAAUGUGGAGUACAUGGAAGAAAAAGGAACAUGGAGGACUGAAUACGCCGUCAAUGUUUGAUGCCAUCAAGACAUACGCUGAAAAAAAUCCGGACCUCAUUAUAAAGAUACACAAUGAAGGGAAUCAAUUUGCAGUUGUUUUGGUCACCCCAUUCAUGAUGAGGGCACACAAGCUGUUGCAAGAAGCUGGAGAAGUUGUAUUUGUUGAUGCAACAAGUUGUGUUGAUCAGGUCAACACAGCAGUGAUACCACUUCUCUGUUCAGGACCAGCUGGGGCUGUACCAUUGGCUGUCCUGUUCACCUCAUCUCAAGAUGAAGCAACACUAACAAAAGGAUUUGGUAUGGUAAAGGAGGCGAUUGGGGAGGAUGGAUUUUUUGGUCAAGGAGGUCCACAAAAUUUCAUGACAGACAACUGCAAUGCAGAAAGAAAUGCAUUGGCAGCCAUUUGGCCUAAUUCAAAACAAUACCUCUGCAUUUUUCAUGUUCUCCAACAAGUAUGGCGCUGGCUUCUUGAUUCUAAACAUGGAAUCAAUAAGAAUGAUAGACAAGAAUUGAUGAGUGCAGUUAAACUACUUCUUCAUGCCGAGUCAAUUGACAGAUUUGAAGAUCAACUGGAGAAAGUUCAGCACCAUCCUCUUCUUCAGAAAUAUCCCAAUUUCAAGAGCUACCUAAACACCUUGGACCAAAGAAGAGAGGAGUGGGCAAUUGCCUACAGAGCAGGUGCAUUGUUGAGGGGUCACAACACUAAUAACUAUUGCGAAUCAACAAUGUGCAUCAUAAAGGAUAAUGUCCUUAAUAGAUGUAAGGCAUAUAACACUGCACAACUUGUAAUGUUUAUGGCUGAAAUCUUCAACUCCUUUAUGAAACAACGGAUAGUGGAUGUAGCACUCAACAGAAGGCAUACGAAGAGAAUGAAUGUCACCAAACUGCCUUUAGAAAGUGUUGUACCCUUGGGGAGUGGGUUGUACCGAGUGGGAAGUGAAACUAAUCCAGGACAAAUGUAUGAGGUGGAUCUAAAUAUUGGUAUUUGCACGUGCACAAAAUGA